GGACUGAGUGAACACCUCUCAUCACACACCACCAAAUAGUUGCCUCAGUCGCGAGCCAAGUGCCGCAGCAGAGUUGAUUGCACCUGCGCGCGCGCGAGAGAGAGAGAGCUGCAAAACACAUCAGUGUGCUUGUACAGGAGGAGCUGUCUAUCUACUCAUGUCCCUCUGUGGCCCUGCUCCUUACUCGAUGUUCAGUCUGCAAACGGCAAAAAGACACUGUGUGCAGAGGUUACUCUGUCUGCGUUCAUCGCUCGACAGCCAGUCACUCACGUCCAUUUAUUGAAUUUUAUUCACUGAGUCUUUUUUUAGUAAACCCUCUGGUUCGUUGCUAGACCCACAGAUCCCACACAGGUGGCUCAUUUUUUUGUUCUAACAGAUGGCUCUUUUUUUUUUUUUUUUUGUCUAAGUGAAGAUACCAUAGAGAUGUAAGAUGUUGUGUACUGCAGCAGUAUUGUGGAAUUGAGACAGCUGCUGCUGCUGCUCCUGCUGCUGCUGCUGCUGCUGCUGCUGCUGCUGGCGGUGCUGCUGCUGCUAUCUGGCCCCAGAGACAGGGGCCUUAAACUGGCCCCAGUUGCUGCUGCUGCUGCUGCUGCUGCUGCUGGCGGUGCUGCUGCUGCUAUCUGGCUCAUCGGUUCUCUCGUCUGCCUGUCGUUAACAUAUGUGGUAUGAACCUAAGCCCUUGCAGGGGUUGUGGAGUGGAAAAUCCCAUGCAGGACGUGUCGAAUGAGAAAAAUCCCCAGCAAUGACUGAAGGCAGGCACGCGUGCUUGUUCGGUGCGGUUCUUGCAUGCUGCCGGUUUUCCCAUGCUCCCAGGUGCUGUUCUAUCUCCAAGUCCCCCCCUCUCAAUGUGCCGCUCGUGAACGGCGACGGCAGUACUGAGAACGCGGAUGCCUACCGUAUUCGAUUACAAGUCGGAGCCAAUCCUGCCAACGGAAGAGGGAAGGACUCGAAAUGGAUCUGGUGAGAUCUUUAGCAUAUGUACAUAACCUUUGCAGGUGUCUGCCCUUUUCUUUUUCUCUCCCUGUUCCAAUGGUCAUCCUGCGUUUGUGAGCAGCCGCACCAGCCGACGACACGCAAGUUGAGAUGCACCGUGUUGUUCAAAUCAGUUCGGCUGCGCCGUCUUGUACAAUCACUUAGGCUGAUUGUGUGCGUGCCGAUGCAAUCUAUGGAUGGUAAAUGGUUAGCGUCAUGUCAGCAUUUGAUGAACGCUAAUGGACGAAAUCGUCGCAUCACAGAUUCACGGAGGCUCCUCCAGAGAGCUGCAAGGCGAAGAAUUACGGCGUCGAAGCGAAGAAUUACGACGUCGAAGCGAAGAAUUACGACGUCGAAGCAAAGAAUUACGACGCUGAAGCGAAGAAUUACGGCGGCAUCUUAGCUUUGGUCUUGUUGUUUGCUGUUGCCAGCUGCAACACCAAACAAGGUUCUUGUUCUAGUUUGAUGUCUGUAGUCGAGUCGAUGUUUCGUGGCUGGCGAUGCUGACGUCUUGUUGUUCAGAGAUUGAGAAUUUGAGAUUGAUUGUGGCCUGUGAGCUGUGGCAGUGAAAAAAGCAGUAAUGCUGUGUGCAGCAGCCCAGCCUACUCAUUGUUGAUGUCUUUUUCCUUUUCUUUUUCCUUUCCCUUUUCUUUUUCUUUUUCUUUUUCUUUUGUUUUAUAUCACACAUUGCCAUCCUGGAUAAUGUGAUUGCUGGGUGAGCUGGUGUGGAACAGAGCGUCCUGAGUUUUUUUGUGUGUUUUUUUUUAAUUAGCAAAACAGUUCACCAGACUUGGGGAGUGGUGUUAUCACAGUGAGCAUUGGCGGGUAUGUAGAUGAGGUGUCUUUUUUUYUUUUUUYUUUUUUCGAUGUUGUUGUUGUCGUUGGGAAGGGGGUAGCCCCAAACAUAUUGUAUUCAGCUGAUUCCAGCAUGAUUUGAACUCCUGACCUGUUUACCAGCAGCAUUCAGCCACAUAGGCUGGGUGAAAUGAGGUGAGGUGUCAUUUUAACAAUUUGCAUUGUCAUCGCAGGGAACAAAUAGUAGUAAUCUAG